AUGGAAGAGGAAUUAAAGAGACAAAUUGAAGACCUUAAAAGGCAGCUUAAAGACAUCAGUGUACAUAGCUCCAGUAGUAGUCAUGGUCACUCCAACGUAGGAGCAGUUAGUGUCAAGUUGUCUUCGUUUUGGCCGAAUAAACCAAAAGCUUGGUUUACACAAGCGGAGGCACAGUUUGAGAUAGCAGGUAUAACUAAGGACUCAACCAAAUAUGGUCACAUUUUAUCUGUCCUGGAUUCCUCUAUAGCAGAGGAAAUUGAGGAUGUGAUCGACAAUGCGCCAUCGGAAAAUAAAUACGGGCAUUUAAAAAACGAGCUCAUCAAAAGAUUUUCCAGUUCCAGCGAGCAGCGCAUUCGCCAACUUCUCAGCGAACAGGUGCUGGGCGACCGUACGCCCUCGUCGUUCCUGCGGCACUUGAGAUCACUCGCAGGCAGGGCCGACGAGAGCAUCAUCCGCGAAUUGUGGAUGAGGAACCUGCCCACUGAUGUUCAGCGCAUCCUGAUGCCUCAUCAGGACCUGUCAUUGGACAAGGUGGCCGAGUUUGCAGACAGUAUGCUAGACGUACCCUCUGGUCGACGCCUUGAGCAGACACCGCGGAAGCUCUCGCACGCGGAGUACAUCUCGUUCCCGGUCUCGCUCAGCAUCACGCACCGGCAAAUCUGGCGCAUGCUGGUACCACACCAGAUUCGGCGCUAA